AUGAGAGAGGUGAAAUCAAUGCACAUUAAUUGUUGGAAUAAAAAAUCUGUUAAGUGGCUUGAUUCUCCAUCUCAAGGAAGCUCAGGUGGUAUUUUAUGUCUGUGGGGUUCAGAUAAAAAUGAGGUCACUGAUUUUUUAAUUGGUCCUUACUCUAUUACAAUUCUCUGUAAAACCAUCCCUAAUUCAUUUGAGUGGAUGUUUUCUGGUGUCUAUGUUCCAUGUGCUUCUUACACUGACGAAGUCAAAUUAUUUUGGAGAGAAUUGGAAGAAGUAAGAUGUUUCUGGAUUUAUCCUUGGGUUAUAGGGGGUGAUUUCAAUGAGAUCAAAUUCUCUCAUGAAAGAUCUUCUGGAGGAGAAAAUACUACUGGAAUGAUAAAGUUCAACAAUUUCAUUUCAAGACAUCAACUUAUUGACCUUCCUCUGCUUGGUGCUACUUACACAUGGACUAAUAAUCAAGUUCAUACAAUCAAGUGUAGAAUUGAUAGAUUGUUGGUUUCUCCUUCUUGGGAAUGUAUGUACCGCCAAGUUAUUCAAAAAGCACUUGCUAGACCUUCCUCAGAUCAUAAUCCAAUUGCCUUGUUUUGUGAAGGAGUGAAGCAUGGACCUUCUUCAUUCCGCUGUGAGUAUUACGGGCUUAUUCAUCCUAAUUUUAUUUCCGUUGUAAGACAUUCAUGGUCUUUUGUUGUGGUGUCUGGUAGUGCAGGUUUCAUUUUUUGUAAAAAGCUAAGCAUAAACUUAAAGAAUGGAGCAAAGUGGAAUUUGGUGAUGUGGAUAGAAGGUUGGAGGAGCUGGAAACUAUUUUUGCUGACUAGGAUGCCGAGGAAGAUGUUAACAAUGGUCUAA